ACACAAUCAUUGAUACAUUGUUAUUGCUUGAGAAAAAUUAAUGGCUAGCUGCGUUCAACUUGAUAAACUUAAGAAAAGCAAGAGCUGGUUUAUAAACUUCCAAUAUAACCCAAAGAAGGACCAGGCAGGCGAUGUCCGAAACAUUCUCUUGAUAGUUGCAACUUUAAUUGCAGCAGUGACUUUUCAAGCUGGGGUUAACCCUCCCGGCGGGGUUUGGCAAGAUAAUACUAAAGGACAUGUUGCAGGGAAGGCCAUAUAUGCGUCUCGAGAAGUCGAAUUCUAUGUUUUCUUGAUCUGUAACACUGUGGCACUUUCCACUUCGGUUCUUGUCAUUAUGUCUCUCACAUAUAAGUUCCCUUUCCAUUUAGAAGUAUUUGUUGCCACAGCUUCGAUGCUUGGAACUUACGCAUCGGCCAUAUUUGCUGUCACGCCUGGUGAUUUUUUUAAAUAUCGGUACAUCCUCAUAGCAGCUGCUUUGCCUUUUGUGCUACGAGUUUUGAUUUAUAUAGUCAAGUCCAAUGCAGAGGAAGAGCAGGAGAAUCUGUGUUGCAAAUGUAGAAGGGAGAAUUCUGAUGAUAUCUCAUGCAGAAGAUGUGGAAGUGAGAUUUCCAAAAGUGCAGAAGAUGUCAAAGUUUGAAUUUCCAUCAGUUCUAUCAAAAAUAAAGUUCAGAAGACGUCUAGCAUGUUCCGAUUCUGUAUUAUUAGGCCAUAAAACUGUCGUGGGACAGUUGCUAUAUCCAUGUACAAAUUUGCAUGGGUCUGUUUCAUUUUGCUUUUUGAUGUUUUUUUUUUCCCUCUAUGUAUCUUUAGUUAAAAAUUUUAUGGAAUUUUCACGUUAAAUUUCAUGCUUAA